CCGUAUUUUUAAAUACACGUGAUUCGAGCAGAAGCCUGUACCCCUUACAAAUCACGCGAAGUUGCUGUGGUUUUCAUCGUGGUAUCUUGGCGAAGUACACGCAAGGAGGAACCAGAAACAGAAAAUGAAUAGAAUACAGAAUGGCUGGUUUUCUGAAGUAAAUGACCAGUGGCCUGGCCAAGCACUUUCUCUUGAAGUAGAGGAAAUUUUAUUUGAGGGAAAAUCAAAAUAUCAGGACAUUCUUGUGUUUAAAAGCAAGCAUCACGGCAAGGUUCUUGUACUGGAUGGAGUUAUACAAUGCACUGAUAGAGAUGAGUUUUCUUAUCAAGAGAUGAUUACCUUCCUUCCACUUAACUCGCAUCCAAACCCUAAAAAGGUUCUAAUCAUUGGUGGAGGUGAUGGAGGAGUUAUAAGAGAAGUUUCAAAACAUCCAGCUGUGGAGUCCAUCGUUCAAUGUGAAAUCGAUGAGGAAGUAAUCGAAGUGUGUAAAAAGUAUUUACCAAAUAUGGCUGAAGGUUUUAGCUCCCCCAAAUUAACUCAGCAUAUAGGAGAUGGAUUUGACUAUAUGAAGAAGCACGAAAAUGAAUUUGAUGUUAUUAUUACAGAUUCUUCAGAUCCUGUAGGUCCUGCAGAAUCUCUGUUUCAAGGUCCAUACUAUGAGCUUAUGAAAAAAGCACUAAAGCCAGAUGGAUUAUUAUGCUGCCAAGGUGAAUGCAUAUGGCUUCAUAUCCCUUUAAUCAAGACGGUCUUAGAGCUCUGUAGAAGCUUAUUUCCUACAGUCAGUUAUGGUUACACAACAAUACCUACAUAUCCAAGUGGACAGAUAGGAUUUGUACUGUGUAGCAAAAAUAAGGAAACUAAGUUUGAUAAUCCUGUCACUGAGUUUACCGAGGACCAACUUGAGAAACUGCAACUGGGAUACUACACUGCUGAAGUUCACAGAGCCGCUUUUGUUUUACCACAGUUUGCAAAAAAGGCGCUUUUGCUAUGACACCCACACGAUGAUAAUGGAAUAAGUGUUCACCAGCCGUUAGUCUCCGCAGGAUGCACUAGCCACAAAGAACAGUGAACAAGAUAUUUAUAUGACCCAGUAAGAUAAAAUACAGUGCAGCUCAAAGACAAGGAGGUCACCGAUGAGUUGCUACUGCUGUUAGACAGUCUAAGGCUGUGUUGAUAACAAUCUUGAUCUCCGAAUGCUCCUUAUGACGUCAUUCAAGGUCUACUUCCAAGGUCUUGGAGUAUAGAGAUCAAAUUAAUGAAUUUUUCUUUUUUUCUCCUAUUUGGUUAGUUCUUCCUUAAAUUGUAAUUUGUUUGUUGGAUUUUUUGUUUCGUUUUGUUUUCGUUUCUACCUGAGCUACCGUUAGCGACAGUGGCUGGCUUCUUUACAAAAUUGAUGACGGUUUUUGCUUUGAGAUUGGUGAUAGUGGCUGGUUUAGCGUGGUCUGUACUCUUUUCGACAACGAUAUAAAUUCUGACCACACAAACGGGCUACCUCCUCAUUUAAAAUUUGCAUAGCCGCCCGAGCAAGUAAGCGAAACUUAUCCACACUGCUUCCAUUGUUGCACCGCAAGGAGAUUGGGGAUUAAUUUUGCGACCCGACAAUGGACGCAGAGUGAGAACUUGCCCGUAAACAACCUCUUUGUCUCGUCCUCGCACGAUUCCCGCCGCACUCAGUGCAGUUGAGUCGCAGUGAUAAUUAAUUCUUCUGUAGCAAUCUCAUGCGCUGCUGUAAUGUAUGCAGUUUGAAUAGCAAACUACUCGUAGACCCAGAGGAGAUAGUGGAAGGCUAACCAUAGGUUUUUAGGGAAAAAAGCUGUCAAAAUAUUUAAUUAUCCAUUCUGGUCCUAUGUACUGGAGCCUCUUUAAGGCCUUGUUAUUUUAGGUUUCACCCUUUUACAUGCCAUUACGUCAUUAAAGACUCUCUCCAAUGCUACAUGUUUUUUUCUCUUU